UGUGUAUUUGUUUUUUUAAAUGAAAACACGUUUAUUGACGUUCUUAAUAAUCAUACAAAGGUGAAAAAUGACGAGUUUGACCUAGAAAUUAAAUAAAAGGGUCUAAAACCCUAAUUUCCCAUGACCCAAUAUUCCAUGUAAAAUAUUCUAAGAUAUUAGUAUUGAUCUAUUCCAUUCAAACAAUCGAGAAGCACGAAUUAUUCAACUCAAUUACAUAUAUAUACAUAUAUAUAUGUACAUGGAUUUCUACAAGCUUGGUAAAGACUUGUGGAAAUAUUUUAACACCAAACUUGAAAAAAUUUACCUUCAUAUCUCUAUAAAUAGAUCAUUGCAAUUCCCCAAUUAAUAUAUACUUUCACAAUUUGAACACAUUUCCUCUCUCUUGAAAAAAAAUAAGUUUGAAUUAUAUUUUACAAUCGAACAUAAUAUAAACCCGAAAAUGGCCUCUGGAAAUCCUAAGACCUUUCAACAAGAGGAGAUCGUUCGUCCGGCAGCGAACUUCUCCCCUAGUUUAUGGGGCGAUCUUUUUAGUUCGGUUUCUACCGACUAUAAUCAGGUUUUCGAAAAUUACGGCGAAAAUAUAAUUAUCGAGGCGUUGAACGACGAAGUGAGGGGGUUGAUCAUAAGAAAUGAGAUGCUUGCUGCAGAAAAGUUGAACCUAAUAGACAGCAUCGAACGCCUCGGGAUUUCGUAUCAUUUCGAAAAAGAGAUCGAACAACAAAUUCAAUAUCUCAGUCUCGAAAAAAUUGAUGAUGGUGAUUUGCACACUGUUGCUCUUUACUUCAGGUUGUUGAGGCAACAUGGCCAUCACAUCUCCUCAGGCAUUUUCGAGAAAUUCACGGAAACCGACGGUAAAUUCAAGAGUUGUCUCGAGAAUGACACUAGGGGUCUUUUGAGCCUAUUCGAAGCCGCGAAUUUGAGGACACAUGGAGAAGAUAUUUUAGAAGAAGCUCUUUCUUUCACAACUUGUCAUCUAAUUAAAUCGAUCAAUAAUAAUAAUAAUAAUCAACAUAAUUCGAUGAUUAUAAGUUCCCCCCUCAAAGAAGAAAUCGAACACGCCUUAGAGCAAUGCAUGCAACGCGGCAUUCCAAGAGUUGAGGCACAUCGUUACAUUUCAAUAUACGAACAAUUCGAAUCGAAAAACGAUUCUUUGUUGAGGCUUGCGAAGUUGGAUUUCAAUUCGGUGCAAAUGUUACACAGGAAAGAACUUUGUGAAUUAUCCAGGUGGUGGAAAGAAUUGGACCUCGUUUCGAAACUGUCGUAUGUAAGAGAUAGAGUGGUGGAAUGCUAUUUUUGGACAUUGGGAGUUUAUUACGAGCCUAAAUACUCGAGAGCUCGUAUUAUGUUGGCCAAGACUAUAGCUAUGAUUUCCGUAAUUGACGAUACUUACGAUUCUUACGGUACUGUUGACGAACUCCAAAUUUUCACCGAUGCAAUUGAAAGAUGGGAUAUUAAGGAAAUGCAGAAACUCCCGGACUACAUGAAAAUAUGCUACAAAGCUGUUUUGGAUCUAUACGAACAAUACGAUGAAGAACUAAGCGAUCAAGAACGAUCGUUUGCAGUUCAUUAUGCAAAAGCAACCAUGAAGGAAAUAGUGAGGAGCUACAACAUAGAGUCAAAGUGGUUUAAUAUGGAAGGAUACAUGCCUUCAUUUAGUGAUUACAAGACAAAUGGUUUCAUUACAAGCACAUACUAUUUGCUAGCCGCCACUUCUUUCAUCGGCAUGACAUCAGCAUCGAAGGAAGCUUUCGAUUGGCUCAUCAACAAACCCAAAAUCCAAGUCGCUAACGUUACUAUCUGUCGAUUUGUCGAUGAUAUAGCUACUUACGAGAUCGAGAAGAAAAGAGGGCAAAGUGGGACCGGGAUCGAGUGCUACAUGAAAGAGUACGGAGUAUCCGAGGAAGAAGCAAUGAAAGAAUUCAAUAAUAUUGCUGAGAAAGCUUGGAAAGAUAUUAAUGGCGAAAUAUUCAACGAAAAAUCGGUAUCGGUCGAGAUUCUGAAAAGAAUCGUAAAUCUUUCGAGAUUGAUUGACGUCGUUUAUAAGCAUAAUCAAGAUGGAUACACUAACCCUGAGAAACUGCUCAAGCCCCUUAUCACUGCUCUGCUCAUUGUUCCCUUUGCUAAUUAACUAGUUAAUUAUUAUAUUA